AUGGUGGACGCCAUACUACGAUCGCUGCGACAUCGUUAUCGACGCCAGUCGAAUUCGAUGGCAAAGCAGUGGAACGAGACAAAAUCCGUGAAUUUGGCCAUAGAACAUGAAUUGGCUGCGCUGAAUGAACUGGAAAUGAAGAAAGAAAAGGAGAAAAAGCAGCAAUGCUUGCUUAUUGGAUCUAUAAACUCGAAAAAAAGGGGAAUGUACACUGCGAAAUCAGCGGACGAAUUGAAACAGAAAGCGAAUGAUGUGAAAGUCUGCGAAAUCGAACAGAUAAUUGACAACGGAAACGUUCAACGACAUCGCCAAACAUCAUUGGAUCUUUUAAUUGGCCUAUUUGAAUGCGAAAUGCUUCAUAACUGCCGGAAAAAUCCGAAAAUCCCCGAUUCGAUUCAUGCGCCUCGAUUCAUUUCAUUCGUCGGUUCAUCGGCGACUGCAGCGGCGAGCCACCAACUCGGUCGUCUGUCGGUCAAUUAUUACAGCGAAGCUUUACGGAACUCUACACUCCGACGCCCGCUUCAAGCGCCGGCAACACAACGGCUCGGCAGCUCCGCCCCAACUGCUCCCCCGCCGCCUGCAGCGUUGUCCUCACCCGGUAUCGAUGACGAUGUCGAAUGGCGGUCAUCGACGAGUUCAAGGUGUCGUAAUCUACUGAACAAAAAAGAAGGCGGACCACCCUCGACGAUCAAGGAAUCCAGUGAAUCGUCGCAAACAUUGGACGAUACUGAGUCGGACAAAGGUGGUCAACUGAAGCACGAGAACACUGUGGUACGUGCCGAUGGAACAGCCACCAAGGCGGUGCCGUCAUCGUCGCUAUCAGCUCAAAAACAAGAAAUUGUACGGGUUACGCAACAACUGCUGGAUGCAAUCUCGUGCAAGGAUUUCGAUGUUUACACGAAAUUGUGCGAUCCAGCGAUGACAUGUUUCGAGCCGGAAGCACUAGGGAAUCUCAUCGAAGGAGUUGAAUUUCACCGAUUCUAUUUUGAUUACGGAAAUAAUAAUCCACGGAAAGGUCAGCUGCAUACAACGAUGCUAAAUCCAAACGUGCACGUGAUGGGUGAAGAAGGCGCCUGUAUCGCAUACGUGCGACUGACACAAUUCAUGGACAGCACGAAUCAUGAGGCUACUAUAUCAGCUCGCAAAAGCCAAAGAAUGGUGAAGCUCGUACGCGGCAAUCACAAGAAUCCCGAGUUUGGCAGAAGAAGGCGGGACGAUGGGUUUGUGUCCAUGUGCACCGUAGUGGACCACCUGGAGCAUCGACCUCAACACCGGUGGAAUUUUAAGUGUUUUCUCACGUUUUUCUUUUCUUUCGUCGUCCUCGUACAAGUGAUAUAUGUAUAG